AACUGGGGCGGAAGAUUCACGCGUCUUUUUAAAAUUGGAACGAGAACCCGAAACCCAGACAACACCGCCAUCGUUCUUCCUUUUGGCUUUCGGGUGCGAUUGUAAACCCUAUUUUUGUUCAAAAUCGACCUGUAUCCGAUCUUUUCUUUCCGGCUCCCUCGAUCGAACUUCAUCACCUGUUAAUUCUACGAAAGGGAAGAACAAGGAUGUCGUACGAUGAUGUAGAAAUCGAAGACAUGGAGUGGAACGAAGGGAUUCAAGCUUUCACCUAUCCAUGCCCGUGUGGGGAUUUGUUUCAGAUCACCAAGGAGGAGCUAAAACUAGGUGAAGAAAUUGCUCGUUGCCCUAGCUGCUCUCUUUACAUAACCGUCAUCUAUAAUAUGGAAGAUUUCUUGGGAGAAUCUAAGAACAAAAAGCUUGAGCCUUCGAAACAGCAGCCUGUCGCCGUUGCUUAGAAAUUCUGGUUAGGGAUUUUGUAUUUUUAUAAUUUCUUCUUCUUGUUUCCUUCACAGUUUUGAACUCUUGAUGGAAUGCAUUAAUUAUUUUCCUUAGCACCCGUUUGAACUUUGGAGUAUUUGAGUUUUCUAGUCUGGUUUUGUAAAGAGAUUUUCAGCGAGGAUUUGAUUUAAUAUAAGAUUGAUAUAUUUUCUAAACCA